AUGGCCAGGUCUCACCAAAAGCACUUCUCUGCAACUAAAUUUGUCCUCAUUUUCUGCCUCUCAUGUCUUCUUGGUGUCGCUCUCAUUGCAAACCUCUUCAGGGCUUCACUUUCUUCUCGGUAUUUAUCAUUUGCAUCAAAUUGGGUCUUUGAUAACAACUCACCCGUUGUUCUUAUUCCAAAUGUCACCACCACUACCACACUUCCCAAGGAAGGAGAUGCUAACAAUGCAAAGAAUAGGGUUCAUAAGAGAUUCCUUUCAGCUACUUUUGCGGAUUUACCUGCUCCUGAUUGGCAUUGGGAGCAGAUGCCAUCUGCUCCUGUUCCUCGGCUGGAUGGGUAUGCUAUACAGAUUAACAACAUGUUUUAUGUGUUUGCAGGAUAUGGCUCUCUUGAUUAUGUGCACUCUCAUGUUGAUAUCUUCAAUUUCAGCAUUAACAAAUGGGUAGAGAGGAUUGAUACGCCUAAAGAAAUGGCGCAUUCACAUUUAGGUGUGGCAACUGAUGGGAGGUACAUAUAUAUUGUUUCAGGACAAUAUGGUCCACAAUGCAGAGGGCCUACUUCCCGUGUAUUUGUGUUAGACACUGAAACUAAGAAAUGGAAAAGCCUGCCGUCAUUGCCAUCCCCCAGGUAUGCUCCUGCAACUCAAUUAUGGAGGGGAAGACUCCAUGUCAUGGGCGGUAGCAAGGAGAAUCGCCAUACGCCUGGAUUAGAUCAUUGGAGUCUGGCUGUAAAGGAUGGUAAAGCUUUGGAGAAACAAUGGCGGACUGAAAUUCCCAUUCCACGUGGUGGACCACAUAGGGCCUGCAUUGUAGUCAAUGACCGACUUUUUGUUAUCGGUGGACAAGAGGGUGAUUUUAUGGCCAAACCAGGUUCGCCUAUAUUCAAGUGUUCACGCAGGAAUGAGGUGGUCUAUGAAGAUGUUUAUAUGCUGGAUAAAGAAAUGAAAUGGAAAGUUUUGCCUCCUAUGCCAAAACCAAACUCCCAUAUAGAGUGUGCAUGGGUUAUUGUCAACAAUUCAAUUAUUAUCACUGGAGGUACAACCGAAAAGCACCCAGUGACAAAAAGGAUGAUGCUGGUUGGGGAGGUCUUCCGAUUUAAUUUAGACUCUAUGACUUGGUCAGUGAUUGGAAAGCUUCCUUACCGUGUGAAAACAACAUUAGCUGGUUUUUGGGAUGGAUGGUUAUACUUUACAUCAGGACAACGGGACAGAGGACCAGAUAACCCACAACCAAGAAAGGUCAUUGGGGAUAUGUGGAGAACCAAAUUAAGUUUGUUAUAG